AUGGGAAAACUUCUCAUUUGCGUUGGACUGGCUCUCCUGCUGCAUGCGCAGCUAGGAUCCGCCUAUCUCCUGUCAUGUUACUUCACCAACUGGGGUCAGUACAGACCUGGAUCUGGGAAGUUCUUACCCUCCAACAUCGACCCGUGCCUAUGUGACCACCUGAUCUAUGCCUUCGCCACCAUGGACAACAACCAGAUCACGACCACGGCGUGGGAUGAUGAGAAAUUCUAUGCCGAGUUCCAGGCUCUCAAGAACCAGAAUAUUAACCUGAGGACCCUCCUGGCCAUUGGUGGAGCCAACAAAGAAAUUAUUCCAAAGUUCUCUAAUAUGGUGGCUACUUCUGCUAACCGUCAGACCUUCAUCACCUCUGUGAUCAAGUUCCUGCGGCAGUACGGGUUUGACGGUCUGGACAUCGACUGGGAGUUCCCUGGGUCCAAGGGCAGCCCUGCCAUCGACAAGGAACUCUUCACCACCCUCACUCAGGAGAUGCUGUACGCCUUCGAGGCUGAGGGCGUGAGCACCAGCCGCCCUCGCCUGAUGCUGACCGCUGCUGUGUCUGCCAGCAAGAGCACCAUUGAUGCCGCAUACCAGAUCCCUCAGCUCGGCCAGAUCCUGGAUUACUUCCACAUCAUGACCUAUGCGUUCCAUGGUUCAUGGCAGCACUUCACAGGGGAGAACAGCCCCUUGUACAAGGGACCUGCCGACACGGGGACACACAUCUACUACAGCAUAGACUACGCCAUGAACUACUGGAAGAGCCAGGGUGCUCCUGCUGAGAAGCUGCUUGUUGGUUUCCCCACUUAUGGACGCACCUUCACACUGGCCAGCGCUUCCAACACCGGUGUUGGUGCCCCUUCUGUUGGACCCGGGCCCGCUGGUACCUACACCAGGGAAGCUGGAUUCUGGUCCUAUUAUGAGAUCUGCAACUUCCUGAUGGAAGGAGCCACUCAGGUCUGGGACACAAUCCAGAUGGUGCCCUACGCCUAUAACAGCCAGCUCACCUGGGUCGGCUACGACAAUAUCAAGAGCUUCCAGGCUAAGAUUGAUUGGCUGAAGAAAAACCAGUUUGGUGGAGCCAUGGUGUGGACCUUGGACCUGGACGACUUCAGCGGCACCUUCUGCAGCCAGGGCAAAUACCCUCUGAUCAACACCCUCAAGAGCGGCCUUGGCAUUGGACAGGCCAGCAUUUCGCCGUUGGCUUCCUCGAUGAUGAUCAGUGGAGGAGGCAGCAGCAGUGGAGGUAGCAGCAGCAGUGGAGGAGGCAGCAGCAGUGGAGGAGGUAGCAGCAGUGGAGGUAGCAGCAGCAGUGGAGGAAGUAGCAGCAGUGGAGGAGGUAGCAAUGUAUUCUGCAAGGGAAAGGCCAGCGGCACGUACCCUGACCCCACCAACAAGAACACGUUCUACCAGUGCGCCGGUGGCAUCACCUACAUCCAGCACUGCGCUACUGGCCUGGUUUUCGACUCCUCCUGCUCCUGCUGCAACUGGGCAUAGGAGCCUCCUCUGUCCAA